AUGGCUGCCGCUAUGAACUCCAUGGCUACGCCGGGGAUGGCGGGCGCCGAAACGCUGCCUGCCAUCAGAGACACAGAAGCCAUGGGUGAAAAGGCAGAGAUGUCCCACGAGGAGAUCGUGCACUUAACUGAGCUUACUCCCGAGGAAAAGAUCCUCGAGAAGAAGUUGCGGGUGCGCAUUGACUCCCUGAUCAUGCCACUCGUAGUGCUGGUUUACCUACUCAACUAUAUCGAUCGAAACAACUAUGCCGCCGCGAAACUACAAGGGCUAACGGAGGAUUUAAACCUCACUGAUACGCAAUACCAGACCGGCUUGUCGAUUCUUUUCGUCGCGUAUAUCCUGAUGCAGGUUCCUAGCAACCUGAUGCUCAAUUACAUGGGCCGCCCAUCAUAUUACUUGGGAUUCUUCAUCUGCGCCUGGGGGUUGGUCUCGGCUUGCACAAGUCAAGUGAAAAGCUAUGGGUCAAUUGUGGCUUGUCGGUUCUUGUUGGGCCUUGUUGAGGCGCCCUUCUUUGCCGGUGUCUUGUUCUAUCUGUCCAAAUGGUAUACUAGGAAGGAAUUGGCCUUCCGCAUGAGUAUCUUUUACUCGGGCUCCCUGCUGAGUGGCGCCUUCGGAAAUCUCAUCGCAGCCGGGAUCUUGAAAGGCUUGAAGGGCAAGGCAGGUAUGUCCGCCUGGCAGUGGCUCUAUAUCAUUGAGGGUGUUAUCACUGUUUUUGUCGGCCUGGUUAUUUGUUUCGUGCUCCCCGACUUCCCAGAGACCUGGAAGUUGCUCUCCCCUGAGAUGCGUCGUGUCGCGGAGCGGCGACUGGCAAUUGAGGCUGCCGAGGCGGACGUCGAUGAGGAGGGUGGCAUGAGCCAGCUGAAGGGAUUGAAGUUGGCAAUGACGGAUAUCAAGACCUACGCCCUCGCAAUUGCGUACAUGUGCAUCACUGGCGCGGCCGGUUUCCAGAAUUUCUUCCCGACGUUGACCGGAACGCUGGGGUACAACAAUACAAUCUCCUUGCUCCUGGUCGCACCACCUUACAUCUUCAUGGUCGCAUACAGUCUGGGCCACUCCUGGAUCUCCGACAAGAUGAGCAUCCGGUUCUGGUUCUUCGCCUACCCGAUCCCGCUCACGAUCAUUGGCUUCAUCAUUUUCAUGACCACCGACGGCUUCGGGCCCCGCUACUUCUCCAUGUUCCUGAUGAUCUUCGUCUUCGCGCAGAAUGGCACCCUCUACUCGUGGAUCGCGAACGCAAUUCCCCGCCCACCCGCCAAGCGUGCUGCAGCUUACGCCUUCAUCAACUCAAUCGGUAACUCCGCCAGCAUCUGGACACCCUACACCUAUCUCGACUCCGAAGCGCCGAAGUAUUACACCGCGAUGGGCGUGUGUAUCGCGCUGCAGGGCAUUGGGCUGCUGAUGGGUAUUUUCAUGUACUUCAAUCUACGCAUGCUCAACAAGCGUCAGGAGCGACUGGAGAAUGAGGAUAUCCAGCUCACGGAGAAAGAGCUGCGUCGGUUACAAGUCACUGCGGACUUUGAGGGAAUUGAUCUCGCAGCUGCGCGACGGUUGCAGAAAGGAUUCCGGUUUGUUCUGUAA